AACACGAGCCCCCCGCGCUGGUCCCUGACAGACAGGAAGCGCGAGCGGAUGCAGAUGAGGCUGAAGGCCAGUGCACUGCUGCAGAGGGCAGAGCCCAAGCCUGAGCUGGGCUUUCCACCUUCCUCUGUCCCUCUGUGCCCCCAGGAGGUGCCAGCAGCUUCCCCAGCAGCGAGCGUGGCUGGAGGAGAAGGCACAGAGAACGGGCAGCAGCCCGUGGGGCAGGCUGGGCACAGUGACGGCAGCGACACGGAAGCAGCCCUGCCUGAGGACACCAAGCCCCAGUUCUCCAGCCUGAGUCAUUAUGAUAACUCUGAGAACGGGAAGUGGGCCACGGAUGAUAUCCCAGAUAACCUGAACUCCAUCAAUAAGCAGCCUGAGGAGGCAGAAGCCAUCAUGAGCUCCCCGGCUUCCCCCACGUACAGCACCCAGUUUGAAGCUGCUUUACCAUGUACACCCAUGGAGAAGCUGAUGGCUUGUCAGGAGAAGAACCCAGUGAGUGGCCUUACCGAGUAUUCUCAGUACACGUACCAGCACUGUGAGUUUGCCAUGCUGGAGCAGAGUGGACCCUCUCACGAGCCACGGUUUAAGUUCCAGGCAGUGAUCAAUGGGCGCCGCUUCCCACCAGCAGAAGCAGGGAGCAAGAAACUCGCUAAACAGGAGGCAGCAGCUAAUGCUAUGAAGGUCCUGAUGAGUGAAGCAGAGAAUGGAAGGCAGGGGGGAGUUAAAUGUGAAGAGCCCUUUCCCUCUGGGAGCUCUGAACCCGAACUGCCUUUGCAGCCGGAGCCAGAGCCCUCACCUGCAGCAGCUCCCCUCAGCCUGCUCCCUGGGAAGCAUCCCAUCAGCAUAUUGAUGGAGUAUGGGCAGAAAUCAGGGAACACGAUUGAAUUCCAGCUGCUCUCUCAGGAAGGGCCACCUCACGAUCCCAGGUUCAGCUACUGUGUGAAAAUGGGUGACCAAAUUUUCCCUGCUGUGGUAGGAAACAGCAAGAAGGGAGCAAAGCAAAUGGCAGCAGAAGUUGCUGUGAAGAUUCUUUCUGGAGAGUCUGUACCUCAUGUCUUGCCUGAACAGCCUGUGGUGAAGCCCCAAGGUGACCAGUCCAUGCACAGCUCUGCACCAUGGAUUCCCGCUCCAGAUGAAUCCAAGGCGGCAAAAACAAAGGGUGUUGGGGAGCUCAUCAAGUACCUUAAUGUCAAUCCUGUCAGUGGCCUGCUGGAAUACGCCCGCUCCAAUGGCUUUGCUGCAGAGUUCAAACUCAUUGACCAGUCAGGACCUCCCCAUGACCCCAAGUUUGUGUAUCAGGCGAAGGUUGGAGGCCGCUGGUUCCCGGCUGUCACUGCUCACAGCAAAAAGCAGGGCAAGCAGGAGGCAGCGGAUGCAGCCCUCAGAGUCCUCAUUGGGGAGACCGAGAAGAUUGAGCGCAUGGAAGGGAUGAACAUCCCUGAGCUCCCCGUGAGUGGCAGCACCCUGCACGACCAGCUGGCUAUGCUGAGCCACCAGCGCUUCAACACCCUCACUGCUCGCAUCCAGCACAGCCUGCUCGGGCGGAAGAUCCUGGCUGCCAUCAUCAUGCGGAAGGGGAACAAGGGCCUGGGAGUGGUGGUCAGCAUCGGGACGGGUAACCGGUGCGUGAAGGGCGAGGAGCUGAGCCUGAAGGGGGAGACUGUGAAUGACUGUCACGCAGAAAUCAUCUCUCGAAGAGGCUUUGUGAGGUUUCUCUAUAGCGAGCUGAUGAAGUAUGACCCCUCUGAUCCUUCCUGUGCAGAAGAGAGCAUUUUUGAGGCAGCAGGAGGGAAGAGACUCAAGAUCAAGCACGGUGUUACCUUCCACCUCUACAUCAGCACAGCACCGUGUGGAGAUGGGGCACUCUUUGAUAAGUCCUGCAGUGAUCAGGCGAGCGUGGCGGGGCAGGCUCAGCAUCAGCCCCUCUUUGAGAACCCCAAACAGGGCAAGCUGCGGACCAAGGUGGAGAACGGGGAAGGGACCAUUCCUGUGGAGUCGAGUGACAUUGUGCCCACGUGGGAUGGGAUCCAGCACGGGGAGCGCUUACGCACCAUGUCCUGCAGCGACAAAAUCCUGCGCUGGAACGUGCUGGGCUUGCAGGGGGCUUUGCUGUCACACUUCCUGGAACCAGUUUAUCUCAGCUCUGUGACACUUGGUUACUUGUACAGCCAGGGUCACUUAACACGUGCGAUCUGCUGCCGCGUGGCCAGGGACGGGAGCGUGCUGCAGGACAGGCUCCGGGCUCCGUUUCACAUCAACCAUCCGGAGGUUGGGCGGGUGAGUGUCUAUGACUCCGCACGGCAGACGGGCAAGACGAAGGAGUCCUCAGUGAACUGGUGCCUGGCUGAUGAGAGCGAAGUCGAAGUCCUGGAUGGCACCAAAGGGAAGGUCGAUGGCCCCAAGCUGGACGUGUCUCGUGUGUCCAAGAGGAAAAUGUUCACCCUGUUCCAGCAGUUGUGUGCCAAGAACAACCGCCGAGACCUGCAGAGCCUCUUGGUGUACUCGGAUGCUAAGGAGGCAGCCAGGGCGUACCAAGAGGCCAAGCAGAGCUUCUUCAGCACGCUGGAGGAGAUGGGCUACGGCA